AUGAGUGACCAAAUAAAUGUCAAACAUAAAAUAGGAGAUACUUGCCGAAAGCUGUAUUCAUAUUUUAAAACAGUUAAUAAUACAUCUACUUUUAUUCAAAAUGGUACUCUAACUCCCUCAGAAUUUGUUGAUUCUGGAGACUUUUUAGUCUAUAAAUUUAAAACAUGGGAAUGGCAAGAAGCUGAUAAAGAUAGAGUAGUACCAUAUUUACCAGAAAACAAACAAUUUUUAAUUACCAAAAAUGUUCCAUGUAAACAGCGCAUAAAAGACCUUAAUAAUAUAGUCCACGAUUUGAAAAUUGUAGAUAAUGAUUGGUUACUCCCAAGUUAUGAAGAAGAUAACAAUCCCACAGAUAUAUAUGAAUAUUUACCUAAUAGUGAAUACACAAUUAAUGACAAAAAUGUACAAAAUGUACAAAAUAUUUAUAAUUAUGAAGAGGAAGAAGAAGACGAUAAUUGCGAUGAAGCAAUUGAUAUAAACAAUUUCUAUAUGGAAAAUAACCUUAUUAAAGAACAUGAUCCUGCAUCAAUAAAUAGUACAAGUUGUUACUCUAAGAAUAUGUUGCAUGAUAAUCUUAUGAAAAUACGUACGUAUGAUGUUAGUAUAACGUACGAUAAAUAUUAUCAAACACCUCGAAUAUGGCUCUUUGGAUAUAAUGAGAAUGGUGAUCCUUUAAAAUCAGAGGAAAUUUUUGAGGACAUAUUAUCAGAUUAUAGUUAUAAAACAGUCACGUAUGAUCCUCAUCCGUGUACUGGUGUUAUGACAGCUUCUAUACAUCCAUGCAAGCACGCAGAGGCAAUUUUGAAUGUUGUUAAUAAUUGGAUAAGUGAAGAAAAAGAACCAAGGCAUGAUUUGUAUCUCUUGUUUUUGUUAAAAUUUAUAUCUGGGGUCAUACCAACAAUUGAGUAUGAUUUUACUACAGAUAUAGAAAUUCCAAGGGAUAGCAAUGCAGGAUUAUGA